AUGAAAACGCGCAGAUCUUGCAAUUUGAUAACGGACUCGGAUGGACUGAAUCAACAUUUGAAUACAAACGUCCAACCUCUCACUUCUAAUAAGACCAAAGUCAGAAAGAGAAGAAGCUUAGACCCGAAACAUACUCCUCCAAAGCAUGACACUUACAAAGACGAAGUCCGCACAGGGCUUCAUACACCAAGACGAACACCACCGAAGGAAAAGAACGUACCUGACGACGCUUCCAGUCCGAAAGAUAUCGCGUGUGGCCAGUCUUUCAAGAGAAGGAAGCUUGACGGUCAACCGAACAAAAUGGCUCAUUGUCUCGCUGGACUUGUCUGUGAUCCAGUUGAAGAGACAAAAAAUAAUAAUGUUAAUGUACAUGCUUGGCACCAGGCGAAAUCACUGUUAGAGGCCGGCCUUUCUAUAUUUGCCCCCACGAGCGAUAUCUUGACCGUCACGCAUGAUAAUAAACGGUCUUUUUCUGAGCCAACUGGGAAUCUAUCUUCACCUUUACCAGAAUACUCAGAAAAUACCACAGUUGAUAGUGAAAAAGCUAUAGCGUCAAAGCAGCUUGUGGUUCGGAAGAGAAGCCAUUCUCCUAAUGUAGUCCUUACUACGCCUCAGAUAAAAGAAGAGAUAUUUGAUGAUUCAGAUUUCCGUGUCUCGCAGACUAGACAUUCGACUGUUGUCUUUAGCCUUUCUGUGGAGAAAGCCAGGCGCUGGGCUGACGCAAUUGACAUUCCUGAAGGUCUUUACAACGAGGAAGAGAAAGAUCUCUUUUUCCGGCUCGCCAUGCGUGGGUUUGAGCCACUCAUACCAGAGCAAUGGAGAUCGGACUUCCCUACCCUACCAUAUACCCUAUUUUCCGAUGCAGAGGGCGAUUCAAGGCCAGUAAUCCACACAUUUAAAAGCUCCAAGACUUAUGCAAUCAGGUCCCUCGCAGCUCUAUUUUCUCUUGGGGGUCGCGUGAGGGACUGUAGGAUUCUAAAGAAGGGUCCCGAGAUCUUGAUCAAAACCACCAUCAGCCAAUAUUUUCGCUGGGCCUUGCGCGAUACUGACAUACAUAUAAACAGAGAUGCAAUCCCCGUACAUGUCAUAUAUGCUAAGAAGAAAGGGGAAACCACACUUGAUGCCGUUAAAAAGCUGAACCUGCACCUACAACUACUCGCCAGCCGGCACCGCGAAGCGUUGAGUGCGGCAGCCCCAGACGGAGAUCAUGGUUCGAUUAAUCUUCAGCUCAACGAGAAAGACGAUGGUUAUUCUGCUCCCUCCAGAUUUUAUCCACUCCUGAUUGGAUUUAUCAUAUGUGGUCCUAUCAUUGCAAUCCUUACCCUCGGCACUGACCUUUCAAGCACAACUGAUGAUACCGACAGCAAAUACAUCUGCCAGUUUGACUUGGAAGAUGCAGGACAUGAUGUUUGGAACUCACUUGCAGUGGCUAUCACGGUUAUGAAAAUCCGAGAAACUAUGAUGCAACUCGUAGAUAUCGGCUCAGCUGGUUUCGUUAGGCAUCCUCUAGACACAGAGUCAACUCCGGAUGUGGAUAGCUAA